UCCUAACCCUUCCAUUCUUCUCGAUUCCUACCCUGCGCUGAAAUUCAACGCCCCCAGCCGGGAAUUCUCCACCUAAACCCUUUUCAUGGUAGGUGAAGAGUCCGCGUAAACUGUAAGAGAGAGAGAAGACGAGGAGGAAGGGUUUGGAAUUCUUCAUCCAACUGCAUAGAGGUUUUUAUUUCCAUUUUGAUUUGUUAUGUUCAGUUUCAAUGUUGUGAUGGCGUGGAACGUAUUCAAGUUCUGCACUUUGUUGCGUGGGCUUGGGUCGGUUAUGAUUUUGCUGGUGCUGUCCGUAGUCGGCUUCACUUACUACGCCGUCGUCGUCACCAACUACUGGCCUGCUGUGCUCGCCGGCGGUGCCAAUUCCUACUCUUCCGUUGGGAUACUCAUCCUCUUUCAUAUACUGCUGGUGAUGCUUUUAUGGAGUUACUUCUCAGCGGUCCUUACCGAUCCUGGUAGUGUCCCCCCUAAUUGGAGGGCCGAUGUGGAUGAGGAAAGUGGAGAUCCUCAUGUUUUGACCGGCUUAGAGUUAAGCACGCCGAUGCUUAACUUGCAGCACACUGCAAGUCUUGUGGGUUCAGGGAUUCAGAAGAUCCGAUACUGUAAGAAGUGCAACCACUUGAAGCCCCCACGCUGCCAUCAUUGUUCUGCUUGUGGAAGAUGCAUAUUGAAAAUGGACCAUCAUUGUGUGUGGGUCGUAAAUUGUGUUGGCGCUUUGAAUUAUAAAUUUUUUCUUCUUUUUCUGUUUUACACAUUCCUCGAGACUUCUCUUGUUACAAUAAUAUUAUUGUCCAAUUUCAUUGCCUUCUUUAAUGAAGGAGAGAUCCCUGCUUCACCAGAAUCUCUAGCGACAACUUUUCUCACAUUUGUGCUUAAUUUGGCAUUCGCUUUGAGUGUUCUUGGCCUCCUAGUAAUGCAUUUGUCAUUGGUGGCAGCCAAUAUUACAACAAUUGAGGCAUAUGAGAUGAAAACUACUCCUAAAUGGAGGUAUGAUCUUGGACGAAGAAAGAAUUUUGAGCAGGUGUUUGGAAUGGACAAGCGGUAUUGGUUGAUCCCAGCAUAUACAGAAGAGGAUUUGAAAAGGCUACAAACUCUGCAUGGUCUGGACUAGCCAUCCAAGCCAGAGUUAGAUUCUCAGCAUUAUUGAUAAGCAGGUUUUACAUACAAUGGGCCUUGAACACCCUUACCCAUACAGAUACAAAUAUCUCUAACCCUCAUCUUUCAUGUUCAAGUUUCCUUCUUUCUGUUCGACGAUUUUUUCUCUUGGUCUGCUAUGCUUGUUGGGGUGGAGAGGCUGACAGAAUUGGCAAAUACACAGACAAAAGGGCUUUCGAGAUGUGGACUGACUGUUGGCAAAAAGCUUAGAAAGGUGGCAAUGAAGAUCUUCUUGGCAUUAUUUGCUGGUAUAAUAUUGUGUAGUGCAUCCAUUAUUACUAUUAUUUUAUUUAAUAUUUCCAUGAUCUAUACAGAAAGAAAAUCUGUAGUUUUUUUUUAGUUGGAAUGAGCUCAAUAGAUGGUUUGUUCAGCUUAUGAAUUUUAUUGAAACUCUUAUAGCAGUAUAUAGCUGUUGUCAAAGUUUUAUUAGAAUCUUAGUUGGUUUCAACUUGAA